UGUGCGCGGAUGCUGUGAGAGGAAUGACCUCUUUUUUUUGUCCUAAAGAAAAUAACAGAUGCGGGUGAAAGAUCCAUCAAGAGCCAACUCUGAGAAAACAAAGAGAAGCAAAAGGCCUAAUAGGCCACAGGAUGAAGACUCUUCAGAUGAUAUUGCAGGCUUAACCUGCCAGCACGUGAGCCAGGCGGUGGACGUGCACCAUGUGAAGCGAGCCGUGGCCCAGAACGUGUGGUCCAUAUGCUCCGAGUGCCUGAAGGAGCGGCGCAUGAGGGACGGGGAGCCCGUGGCACCCUCCGACGUGUGGCUCUGCCUCAAGUGCGGCUCCCAGGGGUGUAGUAAGAACUCCGAAGGCCAACAUUCCCUAAAGCAUUUCCAGACAGCGCACACAGAACCUCACUGCAUUGUGAUCAGUCUCAGCACGUGGAUCAUAUGGUGUUAUGAAUGUGAUGAAGAGCUGUCAACACAUUGCAACAAAAAGGUUUUGGCUCAGAUAGUUGACUUUCUUCAAAAACAUGGUUCCAAGGCUGAACCAAGUUCAUCAAAAAUUAUCCGACUCCGUGAAGAAAAUACCGAAACAAGUGAAAUACUGAGAGGAAAAGGGCCUGGCAACGGUGCAUCAGUUCCAAUUAAAGGAAUAAAUAAUUUAGGAAAUACGUGCUUCUUUAAUGCUGUCAUGCAGAACUUGGCACAGACUCACAUACUAAAUGAACUGAUGUAUGAGAUGAAGGAGAAGGGAACAAAGCUGAAAAUCUGUCAUACUUCAGACUCCCAACUGGACCCUUUGAUGGUGAACCUCUCCAGCCCAGGACCCUUGACUUCAGCCAUGUUCUUGUUCCUUCACAGCAUGAAGGAGGCAGGAAAAGGUCCUCUUUCUCCCAAAGUGCUGUUCAGCCAGCUUUGUCAAAAGGCUCCCCGAUUUAAGGGGUUCCAGCAACAGGACAGCCAGGAGCUUCUGCACUAUUUGCUAGAUGCAAUGAGGAUCGAAGAAACAAAGCGUAUACAAACUGGUAUCCUAAAGGCAUUUAAUAAUCCAACUACUAAAACAGCAGAUGAGGAAACUAGAAGAAAAGUCAAAGCAUAUGGAAGAGAGGGUGUGAAGAUGAACUUCAUAGAUAGGAUCUUUGUUGGUGAAUUGACUAGCACUGUCAUGUGUGAGGAAUGUGAAAAUAUUUCAACAGUAAAAGAACCUUUCAUUGAUCUUUCACUUCCUAUAAUAGAGGAAAGGGUGGCAAAACCGGUGCCUUUGGGAAGGACAAGUAAAGGCAAAAGUGUACAAGAAGCAGAUCUUGGUCAGUAUAACUGCUCUUCUAUCACUGCACUGAAUAAUCAACCAAAAAUUGUCAGGAAACACCCUUUAACAAAACAUAAGAAUCAGCUGAACCAGGAGAGGCGCCUCGCCAGAAGGGCUUCUUGCAGCGAAGAGGACAGAAGCCCUGUAAUCAUGCCGGAGCAAAGCAGGAAGCGGGAGGCGGGAGGCCCCUCUGGCAUCGCGUACCCCAGGGAGCCGCCCGCGGAGCCUGCCGUCAACGGGAGCCAGACGGAGGGCAGCGAGAAGGAGGGCGGCCGCUCCGAGAGCAGCUUCGAUGCCGACAGCGAGGCCUCCGAGAGCGAGAGCGGCCCCCGGGCGGCAGCGGCGGCGGCGGCAGUGGGAGCUCCCAGCCCGCCCGGCCCCGGCCCCGCUCCCAGCACGCGUGUCCAGCCCGGCGCCAGGGCUGUGAGAAGGGCCGCGGGCAGAGGUGGUGCUGGUAGCAGCACCGAGGCCCUUUCCUGUGCCAUGGGCAGGCUCGGCCUGGGCGCUGCCGCCGAGAGGCCCGGCCGUGGCGAGCCGGCCUUCCCCUUGCCGAGGAGCCCCGCGAUGCCAGGGGCAAAGCCGGCACUCUGCGCCAGCCCCCAGAGCGCCUUCCAGACGCUCUCGCAGAGCUACGUCACCAGCUCCAAGGAGUGUUCCGUGCAGUCCUGCCUCUACCAGUUCACCUCCGUGGAGCUGCUCAUGGGCAACAACAAGCUGCUGUGUGAGAGCUGCACCGACCGCAAGCAGAGGGCUCAGAGGAGGCCCAGCGCCGCAGAAAAGAAAACAGAAGGCGUUUACACAAACGCUCGGAAACAGCUGCUGAUUUCUUCAGUUCCUGCUAUUCUUAUUCUGCACCUGAAGAGGUUCCACCAGGCCGGGCUGAGCCUGCGGAAGGUGAACAGGCAUGUGGAUUUCCCGCUCGUUUUAGACUUGGCGCCGUUUUGUUCUGCUUCCUGCAAGAAUGUCGCAGACGGUGCCCGAGUGCUCUACAGUCUUUAUGGAAUCGUGGAGCACAGCGGGUCAAUGAGAGGGGGUCACUACGCCGCGUAUGUCAAAGUCAGGACACCCUCCAAGAAAAUCCUGGAGCACAUUUCGGCCACUAGAAACGCCCUAGGUGUGAAGGAGGCCGUGGGAGCGGCGGCGGGACAGUGGGUGUACGUGAGCGACGCGCACGUCCAGGUGGUGCCGGAAGCGCGGGUGCUGAGUGCACAAGCCUACCUGCUCUUCUACGAGAGAAUAGUCUAGCUCUCCUCUGGUAAAAUUAAAACAAAACAAAACAAAAAAAAAGCUAGUGGUUAUUUAGUCUGUCUUAUUUAAAUGCUGCAGUGGUAACAGUACUUGUAAAUAUUGUGCCUUUAUCCUGUAGAGAAUUUGUCAUCUGUUGACUCGGGAGCUCAGUCGAGCUGUUUGAAUGGUUCUGUUAAAAUAUGCACUUUGCCAAACGUUCAAAACUCCCGGGCUCAUUAAAAUACAGUAUAGGUAGGGUGCGAGCUGCUGCCCUCCCCUAGAGAAAUCAGUGGAAAGCUUGGUCUCGAUUUUCAUGAAGAGAAGCUUUUGCCCGUAGUUCUAGAACAGCAAGGAGUACAAGUCCUGAUAGCGUUAAGUGCCUGGAUUUCCUGGUGUACAGUGAUGAUAUAAAGCUGUAAAGGAUCUCAUCCUCGCUGGGAUUUAGUCCAGACCCGUCCCAGCA